AUGGCAUCCCAGGUGCGUCAGAACUUCAGCAGCGACUGCGAAGCUGCCAUCAACCGCAUGGUCAACUUGGAGCUGUAUGCAUCCUAUGUGUACCUCUCCAUGGUGAGUAUACAGCAGCUCAGUACACUUUGCUGGAUGUCUUUUUCUUACAAACGUAAUACUUAUUGUCUUAAUUUUGUGCAUGUCAUAUGGUACACAUCAGGCAACUAGAGGGUUAAAUGAUGCUCAGUUUACCUACUUCAAUCCUGGCAAAUAUUAAAACUUGAUUGGAUUGAUUGGUCAAUAUAUUACGGGUAGUAAUCAAAAUCGUCAAAGUUUAAAACAGUAAAACCAAACUUAAAAAUCUAUCACAUAUCAUUUUACAGUGGAGAAGUGCAGUAUUCUUUAACUAGAGUGAGGUUGUGCAAUAGAUUUACGGCUUAUCCCCUGACUUAAUUUGGACUACAACUUCCAUCAGUCGCAGCCAGGCAUUGCUUCAUGAGCGCAGGUGCAUCUCCUAAUACAAAUAUUACCCUAAUAAGAAUAUUAAAUGUGUCUGUUAUUGUUUAGCUUUUUAUCAUCCUGAUAACUGUAGCACUGAAACAUGAACAUAAAUAUUACCCUAAUCAGAAGAACCUGCUAAACCUAAGGGCAAUGUUAAAAAAAAAAAAAAAAUGGGUCUGUAAUACUGCAGUAUUCUGAUGAAUUCAAAGCAGUGACAUAAGGGUGUUGCUCAAAUGAUUUAAAUAAUUUUGAAUUGAUAUUUUUAGUGGGUACCAAUAAAAAAUGUUAAUAUAUUCAUUUUAUUCAUAUUAAACGUGUCUAAUAUGGCUUGGUCAUAAAUUGUUUUGAUUUUUAUUAUCUCAAAAACCUGAGCCAUUAAACGUGUUAGAAUAUCACCUAUAAAUAUUUUGUCCUUAAGGUUAUAAUUCCUGUUGAAUAGGAAAAGCCUCUCCUCCAGUAUUUUUUGCGUAGCACACAGACAUAUUUUAAAAUUAAAUUUUCUACCAAUUUCUAGUUCAUUAUCAGGACCUUGCACAGUUGUGCUUAUCUUAUCACCAAAUACAUUACUUUGUACUUGGGCCCAGAUAGAAGGGGUAAAUGCAGAACAGCCUGGUGGUAAACAUUUGUGACAAAGUCUGAACUUGAUGGACCCUAGUCUCUUUUCAGCCUACAUGUAACCAUGUAACAAAAUUGAAAACUGGAUUGCAAAGUUUUGACGAAACAGAUCCAAGUUGUCGUUAUAGCCGAGUUCGAAGAUAAUUCCAAAUCAGCUAUUUUGCUUUUUUGUUAUACCUUGGCGUUUACGGUAUUAUGCUGUGGUCCUUGUGUUCUUUUAUAAAGACAUUUGAUGCCAUAUGAUUUAGAGGGUAGCAGGUUUUUAUUUUUUUUUAAACAUUGAUUUACAUAUAUCCUCCUUUAUAAAUUGUAUAUUUAAUUAAAACCUUCCUGCAGUUUAGUAAACAUUUCUGUUGCCAGGCAAUCAAACAGGCAAAACAUUCUACAAAAAAAAUGAGGAAGAAUGACUCCUCUGUGUGUGUGUAAACAAGGAAGAGUGUAUUUCUGGAUAUGAGUUUCUGCGCACAUACUGUUUGUUAGGCAUGUGUGUUUGUAUAGCAUGAGUAUUCAGUAAUCUUAUGUUGAGGUCCUGGGGGUUUAUUUACUAACCAGUGAGCUCUAGUGAAGCUACUACUGCCUCUCUGAAUGAAGACCAAUAGCACCGUCUGCUAAUUUAUUCUGUAUUUUUAAAAAUUGGAUGUCAAGUGACCAUAACUUACUGUUUCAUAGAACGCUUGGAGUCUUCUAUCCUCUAUCAGAAUUAGAUUGCCCCCUCUUGCUUGUUCUGUAUUAUAAUACAGGUAUUAUGUCUAACAUCCUGUUUCCAUCCUAUUCUCUUCCAGUCCUAUUACUUUGACCGUGAUGAUGUUGCCCUUGAACAUGUGGCCAAGGAAUUCAAAGAGCGCAGCCAUGAGGAACGGGAGCACGCUGAGAAGUUUCUGAAAUAUCAGAACAAGCGUGGUGGUCGUAUUGUCCUUCAGAAUGUGAAGGUGUGUACAAGGUGUAGUCUUGCUAACAUCUGAAUUUCUGUCCUGUACUAAGUACAAAUUGUGUAAUUCCAGUGGAUGCAUUGGGGGGAAAAAAACCUAGUCAAAUAUGUUUUGUACUCUUUUUGAUGAUAUUCAAAUAAUGCUUUGGCUGGCACAAACCUCUAUAAUGUGCUCUCUCUCAGUCCUUGUGAAUUAAUGAAGAUGAAUGACAGAAAUUGUCCUAUUGUGAUUCUAUGUAGGGGACUGGCAAAAAUAUCUGCUCACUUGUGAUUAGGUACUGAGAUACAGCAUGGCGAUACUCCAUCGGGUAGCUGCUACAAGUGCACUGGGGACAUUAUUAUUGUUAGAGUAGUAUGGAAUCCUCUGAAGUUUUCUUUGCUAGGGAAUGAGUGAUGAAACAUAUUUUAUAUAUAUAUAAAUAAAUAUAAAGAGAGAGAGAGAGAGAGAGAGUGAGAGUUAGUACUAUGCUACUAGCUAGACCUUAAAAGUCAAUCAUUAAGGCAAGUAAUUAUACUCUUUGAGAAUAAAUAGUUAUAUAAUAAUAAUAAUAAUAAUUAUAUAUAUAUAUAUAUAUAUAUAUCUCAAUGUAUUUGUAGUUUCCUUCAACAAUUUUAAGAAUCUCCUUUUCCCACCAGAAACCAGAGCGUGAUGAAUGGGGUAACACCCUGGACGCCAUGCAGGCAGCGCUGGAUCUGGAGAAGACUGUGAACCAGGCUCUCCUGGACCUGCACAAGCUGGCAACUGACAAGAAUGACCCUCAUGUAAGUGUUAAACAUUUUUGCUUGCAGCGUCGCUUUUAUCGACCUUUUUAAAAAUAAAUGGUAUUAAGUCCAACAUAUUCUUUCUCACUUUUUUAUUUUAUGGUUCUCUUUCUAAAUGUAAUUUUUCUCUAUUGUCUUAUAGCUCCAAGACUUCCUAGAGUCAGAAUACCUGGAAGAACAAGUGAAGGAUAUUAAGAAGCUUGGAGACUACAUCACCAACUUGAAACGCCUUGGGGUGCCACAGAACGGCAUGGGCGAGUACCUGUUCGACAAGUACACCCUGGGAGAGAGCAGCUAA